AUGGGGGCUUCUGCAUUAGUCUCCGCCGGCGGUGCGGCCCUCCGGCCAAUCGCCGGACGUUCACUCACCCAUAUCCGACCUCAGCUCCGUGCCACUUCGGCCGCCGCACCCGCAUCCCGGUCAGCAACAUCUGUAACGACGGCGGCCCAUUCAGCCCGGCCAUCACAGCACUUUUCCGCCUGGGCAAGCCGGCGUAUGACACCACCAUCAUCAUCCGCACUCUCAUCCACCCCGGCGCUUGCGCUUGCGCAUCGCCGCCUCAAAUCCACAACAACAACCGCUCACGAAACCCGGCGUCCCCCCAAACGGAAAUCCUCCUCCUUUAUAAGCCCACGCUUCCUCCCCGUCCUAAUUCUCAUAGCAAUAGGUGGCAUAGCAUGGGACUCGCAAUGGCUCUUCCCCUCCACGCCCUCAUCCAACGACCCAGCCGAGCAGACAGCCCUCGGUGCGGCCCGCAAAUUCGUCCCCUUUGACGUCGUCGCCCGUGAGCAGGUCUCCCCGACCUCCUUCAUCUUGACCCUCAAGGCACCUCGCGGCGGCAGCAGCAACCUCGCAAGCGUAUCCUCCCUCUGGGACAUCUUCGACCUCUGGUGCGUGGAGGUGAAGCAGCCUCAGAUCCAGGUCGCGCGGGAGUACACGCCCCUCCCGCCGGCCCCCGGCUCCCUGCACAACAAUGAGAAUACUAUCCGGCUAUACGUCCGCGCCGUGCGCGGAGGCGAGGUCUCAACGUAUUUAAGCCGCCAGACGCCCCCUUCUUCAUUGUCAGAUAGCCCUGCAGUAAAUGGAGACACAGUCGAGCUCCGCGGCCCACACGGCGAAUUUGACCUCCGCUCCCGUCUAGGCGGACGAGGCGACCGCGUCGUCUUCCUCGCGGGCGGAACGGGCAUCGCCAGCGCGCUACAGGCCGCGCACGCCGUGCUGCCGCUCCCCGACGCGCCGUCAAUGACCAUCUUCUGGGCCGUCAGGAGCCGUGAUGAGAUUCAGGACCAGCGGGCCGGGCAUACGGCGCCACCGCCGCCGCGAGUGAAUUCAUCAUCGACGUCGUCGUGGAGCCAGUGGAACCCCUUUUCGACAUCAGUAGCAAACAAAGCCGGAUCCGCGCGAAUCCAGGCCGAAGCGCUCCUGUCCGCAGAUACCCUCGCGGCCCCCUCGCCCAUCAGCAGGGAACUCCUCGCCUUGAAGGUGAAAUACGGCGACAGGCUCGACGUCCGCGUCGUGGUCGACCAGGAAGGCACCACCGUCCGCGAAGCAGACCUAUCCGCCGCGCUCGCCCUCCAGGGCCCCAAGACCCCCCAUACGACGACGACGACGACGCCGUCCCACGCCGUCGAAGGCUGCAAGUUCCACUCCCAGGCCGCGCACGUCGGCAUGGUCGACGGCGCGCCAAACGCCGGGAAGCGCAGCCUCAUCAAGCAGGACCAUUGCGCCUGCUCCGCCGAUGACGCCGCGCCGCGGGGGAAGAACCUCUUUGUGGUGUCUGGGCCCGAGGGCUUCGUGCAAGCGUAUGCUGGAGCCAAGCUGUGGCGCGACGGCGGGCAAUUGCAAGGUCCCGUCGGUGGCAUGCUGGGCGCGAUGCAGAGGCGGAACUCAGAUAUCUUGAAGGACUGGAUUGUUCUCAAGUUGUAG